GCAGGAUGUGAAGACAGAUCUGGGAGCUGCCAAGACCCCUUGAGAACUUCCAGCCUGAAAGCAGCACUUUGAGUUCUCCUUCGGCAGGAGGAUUUUGAGGGACCCCUGCUGCGCCUGCCCAGCUCAUCCAGACCAGACCCCCCAGGUGCCCCGCUUCUCCUGGGAACGGUAUGGCUCCCAAGACGGUGCUGAUAACGGGCUGCUCCUCGGGCAUCGGCUUGGCCUUGGCUGUGAAAAUGGCCCGGGAUAAACAGAAGCGGUUCAAAGUCAUUGCUACCAUGAGGAACCUGGGCAAGAGGGGGUGCCUGGAAGCGGCCGCCGGCAUCACCCUCAACAAGACCCUGGAGAUCAGGCAGUUGGACGUGUGCGACGAGCGAUCCAUCAUCAGCUGCAUCAACAGCAUCCCCAACCGGCACGUCGACAUACUGAUUAACAACGCCGGCGUGGGGAUGAUUGGCCCCAUCGAAUGCCAGACCAUUGAGGAGAUGAAGGGUGUGAUGGAGACCAAUUUCUUUGGUGUGGUGAGGAUGAUCAAAGAGGUGCUGCCCGAUAUGAAGAGGAGACGGAGCGGGCACAUUGUGGUGAUCAGCAGUGUCAUGGGCCUGCAAGGCAUUAUGUUCAAUGACAUCUACACAGCCUCCAAGUUUGCCGUGGAAGGAUUCUGUGAAAGCCUCGUCAUACAGGCGCUGAAGUUCAACAUCUUUGUCAGCCUGAUAGAGCCUGGCCCCGUGGUGACAGAGUUUGAGACCAAGGUCUAUGAGGAUGCAGAAAAUGCAGAUUACUCCACAACAGACCCUGAGACAGCAGACAUGUUCACUAACCUCUACCUGAAGAACUCCAAAGCGAUUUUCUCCAGCCUUGGGCAGACUCCCAAUGACAUAGCAGAGCACACUCUGAGGGUGAUCACCGCCGCCAAGCCGCCCUUCCGCCACCAGACCAACGCCGUCUACACACCUAUGACAGCCUUGAAACAUGCAGACCCCACUGGAGCCCUGAUGACCGACACCUUCUACAAGAUGGUCUUCAAGUACGACACGCUCAUGCACAUCAGCCUGAAGGCCAUCAAGGUGAUCCGAUGGCAGGCCCAGAAGAUGAGGCAGGGGGUGAAGAUGCUUGGCUUCAGAUAGGCCAUGGGAACCAGGGUGGAGGGUGAAGAGAGGGCUCAGUAGGGCUGGAAAAAGGCUGGAGAUGUUCCAUGAACAAGCGGUUCAGUGGACAUGUGCCCACUGAACCAGACACUAACCCAAUAUGGCUUCAUUUUAUAGGGUGCCCUUUGCACAAGCUGUACCCAAAAGAACAGGGAGAAGGAGAAAUGAAGAGGCAAUGGCUAUUGGUGGGGGGGAGAGGUUGUACCUGACAGCUAGAGGCAGCCAGGGCAGAAGGCUUUUGAUGCAACAGGGAUGAGCUUCUGUGGGAGGGACAGCUGCAAGGAAAACAGGGAGGGAGGAGCCAGGGUCUUGAUUCUCCUCUCAGAGUUGAUUUACACCAGAGCCCACUAUGCUAAUAGGACCCACUCCUGAAGGUACAUUUGCAAUCAGAGUCAUUAAGCAAGGCAGGGCUGGGUGAUGGCCUUUGCUUGCUUGUUACCAGCAAUUUGAACCUGUGAUCUAAGGGCACAAGAUUUUCCUUCUCCAACUAACAGCCCUGGGAACAGACUCGUACUCCCCCAAGUAAUUUUUAAUAGCAGCAAACAGUAAGUGGGGCUGCUGCUUUAAUGGCAGGAGGGAAGUGCUUUUAUUCUUGCAGCGAGGUGUGAUAUAAAGCCAAGAGCUGCCAUGCACGCUAGAGUCCUACUUGCCCACAUCCAGUCCCCACCCCACUGCUGUCCCCCAGCCAGCCCAUGAGCACCAACAGAUGUGCCAAACUGAGAGCAUAGCACUCAGUCAUAAUACUUGGCUCUUGGGGCCAGAUGCAUAAGUGGAAGAUGCAUGAUUGUUAAAAGAAUCAUGGGGAAUUUGUGUGAAUGAUGCCCAAUACCUGUGUAGCUGUAGGACUGCAGAAGUCCUUGCUCCAUCUCCCAUCCCCCAGCUUGAUCAAAGUUACACAAACUUCCAGAGAUGCCUUUCAGGAAAACUUAAUGAGACUUGGUGUCACCUCUUUGGAAGCCUUCCAGAAGGACUCCUCCAAUAUGCAUAAGAACAGUCAGACUGGGUCAGAUCAAAGGUCCAUCUAGCCCAGUAUCCUGUCUUCCAAGAGUGGCCAA